UUAAGAGAAAAGUUCAGUGAGGAAACCUGAACAGCAUGCACUCUUUGGGGUCCUGAGGACUAAGUUUGAGAAUGUAUGGUCUAGCCUGUGCUGUUUAUUAGGAGAUCUACAGUAAGUUGCAGCAUUACUUGCUUUCAGAGUUUCACAGUGGAAAAAGACAUUUUGCAGAGAUGUCAAUGUUCCGGUGAUAUAAUCUUUAAGUUGUCCAUUUCCUGAUUAUCUUCAACCUUAAUUGCUACUACCUUCUCCUAAAUGGACUUCUGCUCACCUGCCUUACCCAUCUACUAUCUGUCCUGAAUGCAGCAGUAAGGAUGGGCACACACUGCAAAGAUAAAGCGGUUAACUGUCUGUCGUGUCGACUGAGCAGCCAAUCAGAAUUGUCAGUGACAUAGAUAUGGAUAUCUGUGGUGCAAACAACCAAUUUGCUGUUGCUGCUUUAGGAGAACUUAGUAGAAGCGCUGAAUGUCAGAAUGUUGUGUUAGCGCCUCUGAGUAUAAUAACUGCACUUUCAAUGAUAUAUCUGGGAGCUAGAGGUAAUACUGCCACACGGAUGGGUAAGGCACUGCAUUUUGCUGAUAUUGAAGAUGUCCAUUCUGAAUGCAAAAAUCUUCUGAAAGAAUUAGUGAAAAAUGGAGAUGGGGCCAUAUUGCUAAAUGUCAACAAAUUAUUUGGAGAAAAGACUUUGACAUUUCUUCCAGCUUUUGUGGAAGACACAGACACAUUAUAUAAUGCAAGCAUGGAGCAACUUGAUUUUUUGCAUGAUGCAGAACAGUCACGGCAGUACAUUAAUGAGUGGGUUACUCAACAGACAAAAGGAAAAAUUCAAAAUUUAUUACCAGAACAAUCAAUUUCAUCAAACUCUGUACUAGUACUCCUAAAUACAUUAUACUUUGCUGCAAACUGGACAAAACAGUUUAAUCAACAGAAGACUUCCAAGGCACCCUUUACUUUAAUGACGAAUGAACAAGUGGAAGUAAAUAUGAUGUGGAUAAUUAACUACUUCAAUGUAAAUUAUAUUAACAACCCAGGCAUAAAAGUUGUGGAGCUUCCAUAUGGGUUAACACAAGACUUUAGUAUGAUAAUAAUUCUCCCAGAUAACAAUACAGUUUUCAAACAGGUAGAGCAGGAGAUAUCACCUGAAAAAUUAACUAUGUGGAUGAGCAAAACAGAGAUGAAAAUGAGGAAUCUAGCUGUAUACCUGCCAAAGUUCAGAAUUGAAAAAAGCUUCUCACUAAAAAGUAUUCUUUCAACUAUGGGAAUGUCUGAAGCAUUCAGUCAAACCAAGGCCAAUUUCUCAGGCAUGACAGAACAGAGCAAUAUCUUUGUGUCUGAUGUGUACCACAAGACUUUUCUUGAGGUUAAUGAGAAAGGAACAGAAGCUGCCAGCACUACAGCUGCUGUGAUGUCUGCUCGCAGUUUUCCUGGUGAUGAAGUAAAGGCCGAUCAUCCCUUCUUCUUUUUUAUCAGGCAACAAAAGUCGAACUGCAUAUUGCUGUGUGGAAAGGUCUAUACACCCUGAGAUGAUGUACUUGUUUAUGAAUGGUACCACUUCUAUCACUUUGCAAACUUGUAUAAAAUUGUUUUAUGUACUACUGUAAUGUAUAUAACUUAUUCAAACAUGUUUUAUAAUUUACUUAUAGAAAAUAAACACAUUCUCUGAAUAUGAAA